AGUGUGACGUCAGUCGUCUCGCGGAGCUACAACGCUUUCGUUUUCAUUUAUCAGGAAGACGCAGCGUGUAAAGUAAAGCCAGGAGAAGGAAGAAGACUGUCAAAAUGUCAGGCAGUGACGCAGAGGAGCCCAUGGAUGUUAGUACUGAGGAAAGUGAAAUCCAGCAGCCUCCCACAUCUGACAAUAAGUCUGCUGAGGCAGGGAUUUGUAACGAAGAUGAAGUUCAAGUCUUUCUCUCAGUCAAGUUGUCAGAUGGUGCUCAACCACAGAAAUAUAAAUUAGAUCUAGAGAAAGUUCUUCAGACUUGGUCCAACCAAAGCACAAUUAAAAGAGACUACAAAGUUUUACAUGUCUCAAACGAUGGGCACACUGUGAUCAGCAUUAAACCCGCUGCAGGAGCAGUAUCUAUCUCCGUGAGUGAGCUUCAGAAACUGAGUGGACAAACACUGACCAGCAAAGAUGAGAAAAGAUCCUUCACAAUAUUGUCUGUUGGUCUGAAACAACCAGAGAUGAAGACACAAAUACCAGAGGAUGCUUCAAUGUACCCUCCUGCUUCAUCCGAUUCAGAGCCACAAAAUAGUACUGAGGGGAAUGAAAACCAGCAGCCUCCAACAUCUGAUUUUAAGUCUGCGGAGCGGCCGCAAGUGAAGCAGGUGGAACAAAGUAGUUUCAGCAGUGCAGGAGCAGUUUCCACAGCAGGAGAGGAGACAUUUACUUGUUCUGUCCCAGUGAGCCAUUUCUGGUAUGUGAACCACAUCUACAAGGAGGAAAUUCAACAUAUCAAGAAAGAGAAUGGAAUUAAAAUGGAGACAGAAGUAAUUGUGAAAUUUGUAGCAGACAAAGAUGGAUGCCCAAAAAAAGCUUCGUCUGAGUUCAUUAGCCUGGUCCAAAAGAGCUUGAGUGAAUCCAGUGGCUCAGUAAUUCCUCUCAAGUACGUAGAUCCAGAAGAGUGGAAGGACUCACUGAAAAUCAUCACGAGACCUGAGAACAAGCUUCUGCUUACCCUGUCCUCUGAAGAAAUGGCCGUAUGUGGGCCAAGACAAAGUCAAGAUGCUAUCAGUAAGUCCUUAAAUGUAACACAGAAAACCUUAACAAAUACCAACACGAAGACUGCUGAAGACACAUCACUAAAUAUUGGCAUGAGCAUCACAGACCCUCUCGCGGAUGCUGGACUAACCAUGGAGGAGGGCUGCUGGAGGCUGAUGACUACUUCCUAUGAUGAACAAGUAGCUAAGAUCAAAUGUAAGUUUGGUGUGGACUUUUCUGCAUCAGAAAUCAGUCAAGGCAAAGUCAAAGUCAAAGCUUGCUACAGAAGAUCUGGAGGAAAUGUGUCAAUGGAGAGCCACGCUGUCAGAGCUCUCCUUCAUCUGUACCAGAAGAUUGCCACUUCACCUCUGAGCUUCAGCCAAGACCGUGGUGCCACUGGGUUCAGCAGAUCACAGGAGAACAUGAGCAGUGUUAAUCAGCCAAAGGGGUCCUCCAGUGGACCUCUGUUGAAUGGCCAAUCAGAAUACAGCAAGCACAACACUCAAGCACCCACAGGAGAGGGAGCAACAGCAGGAGACAGUAAAGAUGAAAACUGUCCUAUAUGCAUGGAUAUGUUUACAAAUAAGAAGCAGCUCAAGUGUAAACAUGAAUUUUGUGAGGAAUGCCUGGCACGAUCAGAGGAAACCAUGGGACCCAUCUGUCCUGUAUGCAAAGAUGUCUUUGGUGUGAUGGAGGGAGACCAGCCAGAUGGGAACAUGACAUGGCAUUCAUAUUCCUCACCCCUCCCUGGAUUCCCAGACUGCGGCACUAUAAUCAUCACCUAUGAUAUUCCAAGUGGUAGACAGACGGAAAAGCAUCCAAAACCUGGAAAGCACUACACUGGUAUUAUGAGAACAGCAUAUCUGCCAGACAACAUGGAGGGCAAAGAAGUGCUGUGUCUGUUGAAAAGAGCGUUUGACCAGAAACUCAUUUUCACUGUUGGGACGUCCAGAACGACUGGGAUUGAGGACCAGGUGACCUGGAACGACAUUCAUCACAAGACCUCGACUAAAGGAGGACCAGAGAGUUUUGGGUAUCCUGACCCCAGCUACCUGAGCAGAGUCAGAGAGGAGCUGAAGGCUAAAGGCGUCAACUGAUGACUUUGAUACAAAGUGUCUGAGCAGAGUUGUUUUCACACCAAAAAAAUUAUCAUUAUUUAAAACAAGCAUUACUGGAAUGCACAUACGAUUGUACUGUAUGCUGUCUCCCUCUUCUCUUGUCAUUUUUCAUAUAGGGGUUGAUUUGACGUGCACUGGACAGCAUUAGACUUGGACUUUAUUUCUUUGAUGAAGGUUUUCAUUGUUAAUUUUAUAACAGUAUAAGAAUGAAAUCUGCAUAUAUAAAUGUAACUGUAUUUUAUGUCUACAGUAUGCAUGGUUUGAUUUACUGCGUAAUAAAUGACUGCACCAACCCA